UAUCUACAUACAUCUAUAUUAUUUUAAUAUAGAGUGUAGGUUAGUUGUAGGCUAGAUAGACACCAUGGAGCCACCCAGAAAGAGGAGGACUUCUCCUGUCUGGGAACAUUUUGAAUUGUUUGCUCAAAACAAGGUAAGGUGCUUGCUGUGUCAUAAGGAGCUCACUUACAGCAACAACACAUCCUCCAUGAUAAGGCAUUACAGAGCAAUACAUGAUCAUGCACAGUCUGCUGCCAGUGGUCCAGACACCAGUCAAAAUUCCAGAAAGAAAAUAGUGGAUGAUGCCCUGGUCAAUAUGGUCAUCAAAGACUCACAACCCUUUUCCAUUGUGGAAGAUGUGGGCUUUAAGGAAUUAAUUCAUGUACUGGAACCGACAUAUGUUCUACCAACCAGACAGGCUCUAAAGGCAAUGGUGGACAAGCAGUAUGAGGAGGCUAAGGAGAAGGCCAAGAAGACACUGCAAAAAGUCAUGUCUGUCAGCCUUACAUCUGACAUGUGGACUUCAAUCAAUAUGGAAGCAUACCUUGCAGUCACUUGUCAUUUCAUUGAUGAAGAGGACCAGCUAGGGACAAUUUUGCUUGGGGUAGAGCAUUUUCCAAGUACCCAUACUGCAGAGAACCUAGCAAUGGCUCAUUCAAGAUUCAUGGAGGAGUGGGGCAUAAAGGACAAAACUAAAUGUAUAGUGACAGAUGCUGCAGCCAACAUGAUUGCUUGUGUUAACAAUUUAAAUGUUAGACAUGCUCUAUGUGUCGCUCACAAUCUAAAUCUUAUAGUAAAAAAGUCCUUUGAAGAAGUACCAGGCCUGUCUGAGUUGAGGGCAAAAUGUCGCAAAAUGGUUACUUAUUUUAGAACCAGCACGACUGCCAAGGAAACAUUGACGCAGGUACAAAAGCAGAUGGGCCUCCCAUCUCUUAAAAUGAUAUUAGAAGUGGACACCAGGUGGAACAGCACAUAUCUCAUGCUGGAGCGCCUGUAUAACCUUAGAGAGCCAGUUGGAGCAGCUCUGGCCUCUCUAAGGACUGAAAUAACCCCUCCAACAUCUCUGGAAUAUGAAAUAAUUAAAGAGACAAUUCAGGUUCUUGGUGCAUUUCAGCAGGCUACCAUAGAGCUGUCAGGGGAGAAAUGGGUAAGUGCAUCCAAGGUAAUACCAAUGCUCAAGAUGCUAAGCCACACUACCCAGAACAAGACUAAGAGCUUGACCUCGAGCAUGGCAAGGCAACUUGGAGCGAAUCUGGUACGCCGGGUAAUAGACCGCUCUUUAAAGGCAGAGGCAAUAACUGUCAGGACCAUGCCAACUCUGCUGGAUCCGAGGUUUAAAAAGCUGGGAUUCUUGAGCUCCACUAAAUUGGAAGAAGCUAUAACAAGGUUAAAAGGGAAUUGUGCUGAAAUCAUCAGAAACACUCCCUCAUCAACCCCCCUUCAGCUACAAGAGGCCAUACAAACAGACCAAUCAUCUGACAGUGGUGACCUUUGGCAUUUGCUAGACUCCAAUGUGGGACAGAGCAGGCAGAAUUCGAGUGCAAUAGUUGAUGCAACCAUUGAAGUUGACAGAUACUUAUCUGAAGUAAACCUGCCCAGACAAGAAUAUCCACUCAUGUACUGGAGCAAACAUAAAUAUAUAUAUCCACAUUUAUAUAAGUUGGCACAAAUGUUUUUAUGCAUUCCAGCCUCCUCAGUGCCAUGUGAAAGGGUAUUCUCUAAGGCUGGGGAGAUUGUAUCCAAAAAAAGGAAUCGCCUAAACCCCAACACUGUUAAAAAGCUUAUAUUUUUAAAUAAAAAUCAAUAA